AUGGACCUGUUCGAUCAGACUCACGGAGUCUGGCUGUUCACAGUCCGGUCCAGUGCCCGUCAACAAGCACAGCGUGGACGAUGUUUCCACACGCGCCCGCACACGCAGUUGAGUCUCAUCCCUUGUGCUGUAGAGAAGGCUGAAGAACGUUGUUGGGAGAACGGAAUUAAGCUACCCGUAGUUGCUGUAGCCAGACGCACUUCCAAUAACGUGCUGAUUCCUAUUACCGGUGGUGUUAUCAGAACUGUACCUAUGCAACGCACUAUAUACAACCAUUUUCGCUUUGCACCCAUUCUCACCGCCCUUCCAGUGCCACCAGCAUUUGAAUACCGAUGUCGGGGCUUGUUACCACCAGUGUCCAGGAGUCGAUUUGCAGAAGCUCACAUUGUUGUCGCGAGUGGCAAAUGUCACUUCACGGGCAGGCGCGAGGCUGAGCAACGUGACCCAGCAACCACCCGAGACGUCGCUCAGAUAGUAACGUGCAGCCGGGAUCCGGAAGCGAGGGUGAUCUGUCGCCGUCGUGAUACACUCCUAGCAUGUUGA